GUAUCUAUUUAAUAAAUAAUCAUGGUAACCGAAUAUAUUGAAUCUGAAAAAUUGUGGCGUUCACAAAAACUUGAAAUAAAUUUCUCAAGUCUUGGCAAGGCUAUAUUGGAUAAACUGACUGAAAGUUGUCUAACAAAUCCGGAUAGAGUUUUGGAAGUUUAUCAUGAAAACGGAUCAAAAUUAACAGUUGAAGAUGCACGCUGUCAAACAAUUACCGUUGCUCAAAAUUUGUUAAAAAUUGGUGUCAAAGAAGGUGAUACUGUUAUUUUGUAUUCUAGACCAAACUUAAAAAUAACGCCAAUAUCGUUUGCCUGUUACUUAAUUGGAGCUGCAGUGAAUUUUUUUGAUAUAAAUCUUGAGCAGGAUGUUAUCAACUAUUCUUUUGAAAAACUGAAUCCAACUGUUAUAAUAUUCGAACAAGAAUUCAAAACUAAAACUUUAAAAGCUAUUGAGUGUGUGAAUCCACCCAAGCUUAAGUUUAUCUUAAGUUGUAAUUCCCAUCAGCCUUCAUCUGUAGAUGAAGUUCUGUUUAAGACCACCGCUGAAAUUGAAAGCUUCCAGGCGCCAGAAAUUAGUGACCCAUUUACAGUGCCAGCGUUCUUAGCUUUUACAUCGGGUUCGACAGGAAUGCCAAAAAUUGCUAUUCACUCUCAUGCAAUGGUGUUGCAGGGUCUUUAUAACGGCUGGUGGCAACUCCCACCACAAAGUGUUGUUUGUAUUUUGUGUGAUUUGCGUUGGAUAUGUCAAAUUGAAAUGACGUUGCAGCCUGUAUUCUUUGAUGUUAAACGUGUUUGCACCACAACAAGAGAAAAAGACUUGACUGGAGAAUUAGAGGCAGAUAUUAUUCAUACUCAAGGCGUUACACAUUAUUCGGUUGUUCCCAUGUUACUUUUAGAUCUUUUAAGAAAUGUUCAGGAAUCGGGAAAGAUAUCAAUCUUAGACUCCUUGCAAUCAGUUUUGCUAAUUGGUGAAGUUGUUCCCGAGCCAUUGCUACCCUAUGCCAAAAAAAUUCUCCCCAAUUGUAAGGUCAUCAAAUGCUAUGGAAUGACAGAACUGCCAGGAAUGGUUGUCUCCGAUGAGAUGGAAAUCGAAAAUCAAUCGAAUUUAAAUGGAGGAGGUGCUUUGAAGGAUGGUUUCAUGGUGAAAAUCAUUGACGAAGAUGGAAAUAAAUUGGGCCCAAAUCAAAAAGGACGACUUCUAUUCAAUUCGGAAGUUCCAAUUUUGGGCUAUUUAAAAGAUGAUAAAGCAAAUAAAUUGGUUUUUGUGGAUGAAGAAGGAUGGUUCGAUACACAAGACUAUGCAUUUAUGGAUGACAAUAAACUUUUGAACUUGGUGACACGAUCGAAGUUUUUACUUCGAUCUUCUACAAAAACAAUUGUUCCAAGUGAAGUGGAGAAUAUUAUGACUGGACAUGAGAGUGUUUUGGCAUGUGCGUUAAUUGGACAUCCAGAUCCUGUUCAGUUGGACGAUGAUAUUGGUACAGUGUUUGUUGUAUUGAAAAAUCAUCAAAAUGUAGUCGAUGAUGAGGUUGAGACUGAUUUAAAGACAUUCCUUAAGACUAAACUCACAGAAGAACAAUUGCAAAUUGUUAGGUUUUUAAGAGUAAUUUCGGAAUUACCAUUAACAACUUGCUCGAAAGUAAAUCGAAAAAAAUUAAAAACAAUUGCUGCUACAGAAAUGUCAGAAAAAUAUUCAUUACUGUUCUAAAUUUUUUACUUGUAAACGUAACUUUUUUUUGACUGAUGUGUUUUAAGUAUUCAAUUCAAUA